CAUUAUUUUACCUUCGUUUUUUCCACUUUUGUACAUAAAUAACCGUUUUUCUCUACUCUUCUUCACACUUCCACUGCUAUUAUACAUAUAUUAUAUAUAUAUACACACACACACAUACACACACCCCUACUUCAACGAUUUCACAAAAUUCCACCCCUCGAAAAACCCACCAAUUUUUUAAUUGUCUUGAUCCAAGAAAAGAAGAAGAGAAAUUAAAAAAAAAAAAAAAAAAAACCCAUCUUUAAUUUUAGGUUUUCUUUCUAGAGUUUUUCAUAAUCCGAUUCGUUUUAGUGUCGGUAAUGGGUUUUUAUUGAUGUAUGAAUUUUAUGGUAGCGAAGAUCUUGAUUCGGUUUAUUCAUCCAUUUUCUUGGAUUUAAUUGUCUAAUUAGGGCAAAAGUAGUUUAACUCAAUCCACAAUUUGGGGAUUUUUCUUUUGUUUUGUUCUUUGUUAUCAUCGAAAAGAAAUUGUGUUUUAAGAUGGAUUACACCACUGAUUCAGCUCCAUAUUUGAGUUUAUUCGCGGCCGUAUCGUACGGAGUUUCGUCAAUGGCGAUGGUGUUCAUCAAUAAAGCAGUGCUAAUGCAGUAUUCGAACUCGAUGACUCUUCUUACUUUUCAGCAAUUGAUGACAACUUUGCUUAUACGAUUCGGUAGAGUAACGGGGUACACGAAAGCCAGAGGAUUUAAUAUCGAGACCGCGAAAAAGCUUUUAUUAGUUUCUUUAUUCUACAAUGCCAACGUGGCGUUUGCGUUAGCGAGUUUGAAAGGAGUGAAUAUUCCGAUGUAUAUAGCCAUUAAGAGGCUUACGCCGCUUGCUGUACUUAUAGCCGGAUUCUUUUACGGAAAAGGGAAGCCUACAACUCAGGUUUAUAAACAUUGCUUUGCUUGUUUAUAUUUUCUGGUUCUUCUUCUUCUUUCCUUAGUGAUGGGCAUAGUUCUCAACUACACCAUGUUCUUGUGCACGAUUGUCAACUCUGCUUUGACCACUACGAUAGUCGGUGUUCUCAAAGGAGUCGGUUCCACAACACUUGGGUUCGUCUUAUUGGGAGGCGUGCAAGUACGAGCUUUGAAUGUGACGGGACUAGUGAUAAACACCGCUGGUGGGGUUUGGUAUUCGUUGGCUAAAUAUCAGCAGAAGAGAAAUAAAUUACCGAAGCUGAUGACUGAUGUGGAAACGCAUCGUAAGUGAGAGAAUAUUCUUCUUCGUUCGAUCAAGAAAAUGUGGCUUAUAGCUUAUAUAAAUUUUUACAUUGGUUGCUCUUUGUGGAAUUUCUCGCAUUCGCACCCGAUUUUUUUUUUACAUGAAAGAUUUUUUGAGAUGCUUGUGUUGUAACUUUUUUAUUUGUUAUUUUUGG